UUGGGAGGUGGCACAACCAGGGGGGACGCCGAGGGAGCAGGACCGAGCCAUGGACCCCGCCAAGAAAGCAGGCGCCCGGGCUGUGAUCUGGACUCUGGGCUGGCUGCUACUGCCGCUGCUACUUCAAGAAGGAGCGCAGGCCCUGGAGUGCUACAGCUGCGUGCAGAAAGCAGAUGACGGAUGCUCACCGCACAAGAUGAAGACGGUGAAGUGCCCGGCCGGCGUGGACGUCUGCACAGAGGCGGUGGGGGCGGUGGAGACCAUUCACGGGCAAUUCUCGGUGGCAGUGCGGGGCUGCGGUUCGGGACUCCCCGGCAAGAAUGACCGCGGGCUGGACCUUCACGGCCUUCUGGCCUUCAUCCAGCUGCAGCAGUGCGCCCAGGACCGCUGCAACGCCAAGCUCAACCUCACCUCGCGGGCGCUCAACCCAGCAGGCAAUGAGAGCGCAUACGAGCCCAAUGGCGCCGAGUGCUACAGCUGCGUGGGGCUGAGCCGCCAGGCCUGCCAGGGUAAGGCGCCGCCCGUCGUGAGCUGCUACAAUGCCAGUGACCGCGUCUACAAGGGCUGUUUCGACGGCAACGUCACCUUGACGGCAGCUAAUGUGACCGUAUCCUUGCCUGUCCGGGGCUGCGUCCAGGAUGAGUUCUGUACCCGGGAUGGGGUGACAGGCCCAGGGUUCACGCUCAGCGGCUCCUGCUGCCAGGGUUCCCGCUGUAACUCGGACCUCCGCAAUAAGACCUACUUCUCCCCUGAGUUCCCGCCGCUUGUCCUGCUGCCUGCUCCUAAGACCACCACUCGGGCUCCAACCACCUCUGUCACCACUUCCACCCCAGCCCCAACCACCACCACCACUACCACCACCACCACCUCUACCGCCAAACCCACGUCAGCCCGAGCCAGCCAGACUCCUCCACGGGAAGGAGAACCUGAGACCUCCGAGGAGGAGGAGGAAUCUAGCUUGCCUGGAGGUGCUGCUGGUCACCAGGACCGUAGUAACAAGCAGCAGUACCCCACAAAAGAUGGGGCCCAUGAUAAUGGCUCUGCCACUCCCUCGGCGGGGUUGGCGGCUCUUCUGUUGGCUGUGGCUGCUGGCACCCUGCUCUGAGCUUCUCCACCUGGAAACCUCCUCUCUUCCCAUUCCUUCCCUUUCCCACCACUGGACUGGACUGGGCUGGCCCAGCCCCUGUUCUUCCAAUCUCCCACCGUGGCCCCAGCUUCUGCUGCACUGGUUUGCGGCUUUGGGAAAUAAAGGUACCGUUGUAUAUAUCCUGCCAGGGUAUUCUAGCUUCUUGAGGGCAGCCCGUGUUUCCCCCUCAUCUUUGUCUCUCCCUGCUCGCCUCGUGGUGCCUAGGACAGAGAGCAGUCAGAGCUGUCACAGGGAAGGUGGGAGGGACAUGAUAAGCUUCCUGUUUGCUUUCUCUUGGCCAACCUGCACUGAGGGGGAGGCGGGGCGGGAUCAUGGGUCCCCCUCUGAUGGCUGCUGCCCCUGCCCCCGUCCUUGUGGGAAUCGUUUCAGCGACUGUCUGUCUUCCUUACUAGACUGUGAGCUCCUCCUGGGCAGGGACCGUGCCUUGUGCCUCUGUGUGGCCCGUUUCUGGCACGUAAAGGCCUCAAUAAAAGUUUAAUUACUUUGUA